GGAAGUUUUGGUGAAGUUUUGCUAGCCCGCUGCCCCACAUACCAGCGUGAGUGCCCCUCGCGCGGAUAUGCGAGCAAGUUCGUGUGCUCACGUGAAUUACCUCGGCCUCGGAAUCCUAGGCAGAUCCCCAAAUCAUAUCAGAAGAAACUGACUGCCGAAGACAGUCUAGUGUCAAAAAUGUCAAGAAAAAAGGAAAUAAUGAAAAUAGCCUUUUAGGAAACGGAGAAGCAAGAAAUAUUCAAUAACAAACAAGCUAAUAGUGAUGACAGUGACCAAAAAUUAAUCACAGAGAAAAAUAAAACUUAAGCUUUGACGUGACUGCAAGGCAGAAAAGCUGCCGGACAUUUAUUUUGGGGACAAGGAACCAGUACGCCCAGAUCAAAGAUGGCGUCCUUCGCCAGAGGAUUUAUAACCACUGCUUUGUUGAUUUUCAACUUAAUCCUCCUUCCUGUCGUCUCCUCGUUGCCUUCACAUCCCGCAGGAGCAGAGAAACCGGAUGCUAGAGCCAAUGGGGAUCACGCAGAAAGUGAAACAGAGAGCUAUUACUUUUUCUCUACGAGUCUCCCAGGAGAAGAAUCAUCUUUGGCGAGGGGGCGAUCGCUGGAGGUCGAGGCGAAAGAUACCCAAAAUAUCUUUCGAACAAUUAACAAGAAUGUGGGCUUUGGAGGUCAGGGGAAAGAUGCCACAAUAAACCGUUCAGAAAUUAGCGGCUCUGAAAAGGCAGCAGCAAAAGAAGAGGGUGCUCGAUAUGACUUGACAUUAGUCACUCAAAAAGUGAGGGAAGUGGUAUCUUCCGAUAAAUGGAAUGAUGCAGGGGGUACAGAGGGCAGUGAAUUAACGGCAAAGGAUACGGAAGAUGAUAUCAGAGAGGCAGGAAGUGGAAAUGUUAAAGAAAUCGGCAAUGAGGGUGUUAGGAAGGAUACACAGGAUACAAAAGUAGAUGAAAAUAAGAGUAGUGAUGGUACUCGUGAAAGUGAUUUAGAAAGAGACAAACAUGCAGGUGGAGAGGAAGCCCAUACAGGUAACAAAGAUGAGGAGAUAGAAGCAGAGGAAGUUGACAUAACGGAAAAAUAUGUGGAAGACGAAGGACAGGAGUUAGAACUGGGUGAAAAUGUCAAAAGAGAAGACAAAGAUAAUGCAGAGGAACAUUAUGAUGAAGACAUUGAGUAUACUGAGACUUCUAGUCAAUUACCUAUAGGAUCCUUUACGUUCACUACUGAAGGAGUAGACCAAGGUAGUACAACAGAUAUUCAUGAUCUCAAUAAUGAUGAUCCGAGUAGCAAGGAAGAAGCGUACAUUUUAGAGGACGAUGAAGUCUAUAUAGAGUUCGAGACCGAUGAGGAGACAAGGGAGUCCGUCGUAAUAUCAGACGAAGACGAGGCUGCCGAUGACUUGCCUAGGAAACGAAAGAAAGGAAACCGUAAGCGAAAAUCCAACAAAAGAAAGGGAAACAAGAAUAAGAAUAAAAACGUUUACAAUUUCGUCAUUGAAAACGGCCACCAGGAAACGUUCCAGGAGGUUAUCGAAGACUUCAACCUUACUCUUAUCGAACUCAAUCUCGAGAGGCUGGCCGCUUCGUCCUCCAGAGAACCACGCCAGAAUGUUGUGUACCUGGAAGAUAUACCCCUGGAUGACCCCGUAAAUCGUCCGCAGAUAGAAAGCUUGAGUCUGUGGCAAUAUUUCUUGAACUUUAUUGCUGGAGAUGAACCAGAGCCCCCUCCUAAAGCAGCCAUAGUCGAGAAACGACUUGAUCAUCCUUGCGACUUCUUACCUGGAGAGUACAGAGGCUGGAUGCGCAACGCCCAGAAGAAGCAGGUCGUCGUUAUAGGAGGGGGCGUGGCUGGCCUGUCCGCUCUCGGAACUCUCAACAAACUUGGAAUGACCGACUCCAUCUUGAUCGAAGCUUCGAACAGGCUUGGUGGUCGAGUACACACUGUCAGGCACGCCCAGUGGAUGGUAGAAGAAGGGGCUCCAAGAAUACAGGGCGAAGCUCUCAAUCCCCUUUUCCAGCUGGCCUUUGAAAUUGGAGGUGUUGGUGGCCCAGAGGCUCCCAUAGAUUGGGAUGACGAUGUGUUAACGAGCGACGGAGAUUUGCAAGACUCGAGGACCAUCAGGAAAGGUCAAAGGAUCUUGGAGCAUCUGCAACAUGACCCGAGGGAGAGGUCAGCCCUCCGAUACCACGAAAGGUCUUUGGGCGACGUGUAUUCGAGAAGGUUUGAUGAAAUGUGGGGACCGACAGUUGACGAGAAAGACAAACAGGCGUGGAUGUACUAUAUCCAUCAGAUUAUCAGUGGGAAGUUUGGUGUCAACAGCUGGAUGAACAUGGCAGCGAGAGACGCAGCCAAUUUCAGGGACUUAGGGAGGGACAUCAUCUGGAAAGGUGGCAUGGACAAACUCGUCCAGCACCUUCUGUACGAUAUCUCCAGCGAGCAGUUACGUCUCUCGAGCCCCGUGUGCCAAGUCUUCUGGGACAGACCCGAGGAAGAUGAUCCGCUCGUGGUCCUGGCAGACGGGUCCUCCUAUCGUACCAAUUACAUCAUCAGUGCCCUGCCUCUUGGCACCCUGAAAGAUUACCACCACAGGACUUUCGUUCCACCUCUGCCGAGGUCACUUUCUAACGCUUUGAUGGCUUUUGAUGCUGGUGUGGUCAAUCGCAUAUCCCUUGGAUGGGACUACUCCUGGUGGGGUCCUAAACCCUUUAGCCAACAGCUCCUGUGGAAGGACUACAACUUCCCCAGGGAAAUGGAGUGGAUGUCGAACAUCGUGUCAAUAAGAAGCAAUCCAGAGCGACCGACCCAGCUGGAGAUGGAGGUAUUUGGAGACGCGGCCAUUGCCAUGGAGAACAUGAGCACGGAGCAGGUCAUAGCCCACCUCAUCAACUUCCUGAGGACGACGAAGAAGGAGUACACCGUGUCCUUGCCAGUUUUCUUCCACAGAUCGAAAUGGAGACAGAGCCACUGGUCGAGAGGAUCUUAUCAUUCCUACAUGAAUAUGAACGCUAUGAACUUCAACGACCGCAGUGUCUUGUCUCCGAUCUUAGCCAACACCCGAGGAAAAAGAUCUCUCUUCUUCAGUGGAGAACACACGUCCACUGAUCGGUUUGGUACAGUAGACGGCGCCCUUUUGUCUGGUGUGAGGGCAGCUCGCUGGGUCAUGGACGAACACGCCAUGCAGGAGGAGAUGUUCUUGGUUAUCAACGGUGAGAGGAAGAGGUUGCUUCCACUAGACGACCAAAAGCUGAAAAUUGAUUACUACCAGUAUUUUAAGAACCCGACCUCUGCAUACCUGGGUGCUCUGGAAAUUUCAGAGGCCCUAGAGAAGGAGAAAAAGAAAAUUCAAGAAGAGAAGAAAAAAUCUAAGGAAGAGCGGAAGGCUUCAAGAAAAGCUGCAAAGGAGCAAAGAAAACAAAAGAAAAACAGCAAGUCCGAGACUACCCACAGCAAGGAACACGUGACAACUGGUGACGAAGAACCAGCCUUCACUGAACCUCAACAACUGGACACUCAGACUGAUAUGCCAGACAUUAUUAAAAAACGUUCGAGGUUAGGUGAGUCCUAUCCUGAAGAGCCACAUCGUCAUAAUGCAAUGCCUUCAUCACACUCUGCAGUCCCCGUUAGCACUACCACCUUAGCAAUAACUCCAAAUUUUCAUUCUUUUCCUGUGCAAGCUUCAAGCCAAGUCUUAUCUCAACCUGGGCCUAUGUUUCAGGGCAUGGUGUCUUCAUCAGCUGAGCACUACAUGGCUGGGCACGAUGAUGAAGUGUCCGUUGUUUACUUAGAUCCAGAAAGACACCAGGCAAACUACAAUCCUGCCGUCAAUUCUGAUGUUAAUGAUGAAGUGUCUGUUGUUUAUUUAGAUGGACAAGCAAUGGAAUCUGGGGGAAAUGGACAUCCCUCAGUUGUGUACGUUGAAGGACCCUUGAAUUCCCAACUAACAACUUUGGUUGAUGCUCUUACGAUGAAAAAAUCUAAUUCCCAGACGCUCUCCUCGUUACCUGAUGAAAGUGAUUCAUUACCAACUACAUCAAAGAAAAGAAAGAAAACAAAAACAAAAAAGAAAAAGCAGGAAAUGGAAGCGAGAGUAGAAGAAAGGAAACAAGAGUCAAAGCCUGCAACAAAGGGAAAAGACAAUGUUGACAGUGGUAAAGGUAAAUCUGAGCCUCUCAGGCAAAACAAAAAAGGAAAACGAAACAAGAAGAAAGGUAACAAAAAGAAAGGUAAGCAGAAGAAAAGAAGUGGUAAAACAAUGGGGAGAAUAAAAAGCAAAAACAUAAUCAUGAAGAUGCCACCAAUAGUACAACACAUACUUCUAGCCUUCAUUCUACUUCAUAUAACCCAUAUUUGCCUUAUCCUGGAGGAAUAA